AUGCCACUGGUUGCUGGUGAGGCCGAGUGGCAGGCUGGGGUGCGUAAUGACCUGGAGAGAGUGUUGGGCCAGGUGGGGUUAGAUUGUGUGGGCUGCUGUGAGGAUGAGGCAGGCCUGGGUGUGAGGGGCAGGCAGCUGUGCAGGAACAUGGAGGAGCACGAGAUGAAGCUUGAUAGCGCACCAAACGUGAAAUAUCAAGUCAUAUUGUCUGAGUGUGUAGGAAGAAACAUGGAGCAGUGUGCAUGUGUGGAGCGGGAGUUGGAGAAAGUUCUCCAUCGCUUUGUUAUGUAUGGCCACCAGUCGGAAGAGAGACUAGAUGAGCUCCUGCGCAGUGUCUGUGAGAUACGUGCCCAACUAGUAGCAUUUGGUGUACAAGAUGCAGACUUGUCUGUUCUUUCCCAGACAAUGACACAAUGCUGUAAGAACAUUAAAGAAACAGUGCAAAUGUUAGCUUCCCGACAUAAAGACAUUCAUGGCAGUGUGUCAAAAGUUGGCAAAGCCAUUGACAGGAACUUCGAUGCAGAGAUUAGUGCCGUGGUUGCAGAAACGGUAUGGGAUACCCCUGACAGGCAGAAAUAUCUUAGUGAAACAAUUGUGGAGCAUCUGUAUAGACAAGGCAUGCUCAGCGUAGCAGAGGAUUUGUGUCAGGAGUCGGGAGUAGUAAUUGAUAUGAGUAUGAAGCAGCCUUUCCUUGAAUUGAACCGAAUCCUUGAAGCACUUCGUAUGCAGGAUCUUAGGCCAGCAUUAGAAUGGGCACUUGCUCAGUGGAGGGAUCAGCAAUCAGGUGGAAGCUUUGCAAUAUGCAAGACAUUUUCAACCAUUCGCUUCACAGCACCAGAGAGAUAUACAGAUUUUGAUGGGGAGUCUAGUGUACUUGCGCCAUGGGAUGCCUGUGCCUUAUUGGGUCUUUCUGUAGAGUCUCCUUUAAGUGUCAGUUUUGCUUCAGGCUGCAUGGCAUUGCCUGUGCUUAUGAACAUCAAACAGGUCAUAGAGCAAAGACAAUGUAGUGGGGUCUGGACACACAAAGAUGAGUUGCCAAUCGAAAUUGAUCUGGGUAAAAAGUGCUGGUAUCACUCAGUGUUUGCCUGCCCAAUUCUUCGUCAACAAACUUCAGAAAGCAAUCCUCCAAUGAAGCUUAUUUGUGGUCAUGUAAUCUCUCGAGAUGCCCUCAACAAACUCACCAACGCUGGGAAGUUGAAAUGCCCAUAUUGUCCCAUGGAGCAGAACCCGUCACAUGCCAAACAGAUCUACUUUUGA